AUGGGGGCGUGGGUGUCGGUACUGCUCGGGAUGGACGGAGCCGAGGCGGCGGCGGCGGCUGCCGGUGCCGGGCCUGCUGCUGUGGGCCUGGGCGACCUGCCGGAGCUCUGCGCCGCGCAGGUGCUGCUCCGGCUCGACCCGCCGGAGAUCUGCAGGCUCGCGCGGCUCAACCACGCGUUCCGCGGCGCGGCGGGGGCGGACUUCGUUUGGGAGGCCAAGCUGCCGGAGAACUACAGCUACCUGAUGGAGUUCGUCGGGAGCGGCGACGAGGGCAGGCGGAGGCGGCGGCGGGCCGGCAAGAAAGAGAUCUAUGCCAGGCUCGCCAGGCCUGUGCCUUUCGGCGACGGCCAGAAGGAAUUCUGGUUGGACAAGAGCAAAGGCAUGAUCUGUAUGGCACUAUCGUCCAAAGCACUGGUGAUAACUGGGAUUGAUGAUAGAAGAUACUGGCAACACAUGCCAACUUCGGAAUCAAGUUUCCAGUCUGUAGCUUACCUUCAGCAAAUCUGGUGGUUUGAGGUGGCUGGUGAAGUCGAUUUCUGCUUCCCUGUUGGAACAUAUAGCUUGUACUUUAGGGUCCAUCUUGGGAAGUUCUACAAACGAUUUGGCCGCCGCCAUUUCUCCUCAGAGCAUGUGCAUGGUUGGGACAAGAAGCCUGUGCGCUUCCAGCUAUCGACCUCCGACGGGCAGCAGGCAUUGUCUCAGUGCUACCUGGAGGAGCCCGGGAGCUGGGUCCUGUACCAUGCUGGCGAUUUUGUGGCCUCAAAGCCUGACCAGCCGAUGAAGCUGAAGUUCUCCAUGGCGCAGAUCGACUGCACGCACACAAAAGGCGGGCUGUGCAUCGACUCGGUGCUCUUCUAUCCGAAAGGGAAGGGGCUUCAGCAGGAGAGAGUGGUCAGGUCUCAGAAGUGA